CGAAGCUGCUUCGGUGCUGUGCGGUGCGUAUCGGCUGACCAGGAGCUGUAGGGUGUGUUUAAGUGUGUCCCAAACCCCAAACCCGCACCAUUGGCUAGCGACCAAGCUGAAAAAGUUCCUCCAACACGUGACUCCAGCGAGUGAUCGGCCCGGCGGCCUCCGACAGGACACGAAGGACACUACCGCGCGUUCCGCCGUAGCGACCGACCCGCCCGAACAGUGUAGUGUCCGUGCCGUGCCGUGCCGCAGCCGCAGCCGUCUUCAGGAUGCAGUCCACGAUGGUGACCGUCAGCGGGUUGCUCUUCGUGGUGCUGGCCGCCGCAUCGGCCGCAACGGUCUACGAGCGACCUCCGUACAUUCUGCCGUGCCGGCGAAGUGACCCGGAAAUCAACAAAUGCAUCCGGAACUCGCUGAACUUCGUCAAACCGUACGUGGCACGUGGACUGCCCGAGCUCAAGACGCCCGCCCUGGAACCGCUGCGCAUCGAGGAGCUGGCGAUGGAGAACAAUGCCGGGGCCGUGCGGAUAAAGGCACUGUUCACCGACAUUGUGGCGCACGGUGCCGGCAACUACACGAUCAAGGAGGUCCGCAGUGACCUGAAGAAGCUGCGAAUCGACAUGAGCAUCGGCAUUCCGCGCGUGGAGUCCCGCGGCAAGUAUGAGGUGAUCGGAAACGUGCUGCUGUUGCCGGUGCGCUCGAACGGCGAGUUUUGGACCGAAUUUUCUGACAUCACGGCCAUCGCCAAGAUCUACGGCAAAUCGGUCGAGCGGGAUGGCGAAACGUUCAUGGCCAUCGACAAGAUCACGAUCGACUUCACGAUGAAGAACGCGCGCUUCAAGGUGAAGGAUCACGUCAACACGCAGAAUGUUCUCGGUGAGGCCAUCAACCAGUUCCUCAACCAGAACGCGAACGAACUGAUCCAAGAGAUGAGACCGGCGGCCUCCCAGAGCAUCGGCAAGCUGUUCCGGAAGUUCUUGAACGACGCCUUCACCAACCUGCCGACGCGGUUGUGGCUGCUCGACGACUAACCGUUCCCGCCAGUUCCCAAUCCCUCACCCCGUCCUUCCGUUCACUAGCGUUAGGUUGUUCUUAGAGCAUAAGUGAUACAUAAUCCUAAGGAGCGUUGCUGUGCAAACUUUUCACCCGUUCGUGUCAGUGUCAGUAGUCAGUCUGGUCCGGACAUCGGAGGUCCGCCCACCUACAGUCCGCCCACCUACACACACACCCAGGAGUCCUGAGCCAGCCUGAGACAAAGUCCUUAAGACACCUUGAGAUCGCUUCAAACGGAUAGGCAUGUAAGAAAAAGAAGAAUGUACAAACUUCAAACAGCAAAACCCGGAACCCGGACGUCAAUCCCCGUGUCAUAAUGAUGAUGAUGUGAUGAUCAUUGGGAUAGUAGCACUACCACCCAAAUCAGAGUACAGAUGAAGGUAAAACACAAAACACGAACGCGGCCAACCACGUACUAGGAUUAAGGUGUAAAUAUUACGUUGUAGCGCUACAACACAGCGAUCUGUAACACAUGAUAAUAAAGUAACGAAAA